AUGUCGCAUGAGUUAAACUUGGACGCAUUUUGCAGUAAUCCUUCUGUGGCGGAGCUACAAACUGCCAAAGUGACAAAGGAUGAUUUAAAGUACAUAGCCCGACAGUUUGAUCUCUCAUAUCCGUCUGACAUUCGGAAGGAAGAACUCCGAACUCAAAUCCUAGUUCACCUUGGAGCUGACCUCAAACAAAAGUUAACUAAAUAUCUCUCACUACUCCCUCGGUUCUCUGACAAAGACCCCGAAACUUUCUUUGGACAGUUCGAGGACACAGCAGUACAUUUUGAACUGCCCCGAGAAGACUGGCCUUGGCUUCUUAAACUCAAACUCAGCCAAAAGGCUUUAACUAUUGUGAACGGCCUCGAAAACAACACGGAUUACGACUGUGUCAAACAGGGCAUCCUAGCGGCGUACUCCAUUACCACAGAAGGAUACCGUCAGUCUUUUCGAAAAAUGUUCAAAACUCCGCAACAAACCUAUCUAGAGUUUGCCUCAGAGAAACUGAGGGCUCUCAAGCGUUGGCUUAAGUCAGCCGCGAUAACCACGUACGACGAAUUAGUAAAUCUCUUAGCCUUAGAAGAGUUCAUGCGUAAGCUCCCUUGCUCAGUAAUGUUACACAUCACCAACAAAGAAGAAACAGAUCUUCUCAAAGCCGCUCAGUUAGCGGACCUUUUCUCCCUGGUGAAUCGCAAGGCAACCUCAGACAAGCUGACCGAGACUCCUAGUGGUAAGAUAAACUCGGGUAACUCAGGGGUUGGUAAAAUGACCGGCAGUAGUACUGGACCACCUCUAUUUUGUGCUUUUUGUAAACAGCCGGGGCACCUCAUAAAGAACUGUCCUAGUCCCAAGUGCAAGGUAGCUCAAACAUAUCUUGCCAAGCCAGUUGCUUCCAUACAAGCUCUUCAAUCCUUCCCUGUACCUAAAGACUUAUUUGAGCCUUUCAGGUCUGUAGGCACCAUCAGCAUUGAUAACAAGGAUCACCCAGUUAAGAUUGUCAGAGACACCUGUUCAGCUCAGUCCCUAGUACUGAAGUCAGCAGUCCCUGGUAUUGAACAGGGUUACACAGGUGAAAAGGUAUAUUUAAAAGACUUCCAUGACCCCUUCCCCAUUGCAUUAGCUAAGGUACAUCUUGAUAGCCCACUAGUAAGAGGUGAAGUGAUAAUAGGAGUUAGUGAAGAACCAGCCUUACCCAUCCCUAAUGCUCAACUACUCCUCGCUAAUGACCUAGCUGGCAGUAAGGUGACUCCCCCUUUGGUAAUUAGUGACACAAUGCUGAUGGAUAACCCUACUGUACAGUUAGAAGAGCAACAACCAGGCUUAUUCCCUGUUUGUGUCACUACUCGUGCACAAGCAAGGAAAUCUGAUCAGUCUUUCUCACUUCCAAAGAAGAGCCCAUCCCCACUUGAACUCAAUCAAAUAUUUUCUGAAAAACUUCUCACUGAGGCUCAACAGGAAGACACUACUUUGACUCAAUUUCAUGACAAGGUUAUCCCUCCAGAUCAAAUUACUCAUUACCCUGCCUUUUACAAACAGGAUGGAGUUCUCAUGAGAGUGUUCCGGCCCUCUAAGGUCCCAGAUGAUGAUGAGGUAGUGGAAAAGGUAGGAGAUAACAACUACAUCAUAAACACUCCAGACCGCCGAAAGGCAACACAGUUAAUACACGUUAAUCUCCUAAAAAUGUAUAAAUGUAGAACCCCUGUGACUGGCGCCCAACCAACCCCUAGAGUAGCUUCCUGUGGUAUCAUUGAAUCCCAGGAGGCUGACUCAGAGUUAAAACCUGCCUCUGUGUGUUCAUUGAUGUAUGAUAAAUGUAUUACCACUGAGAUUGACACAAACACCAUACAUCCCAAGGACACGCAAAACAACACCUACAUUAUCCAACACUUAGAUGGUCAGCUCCGUCAUCUUUCAUCCUCUCGAGCACUGGAUAUCUCAAGAUUGAUCUCUCAGUAUAACGUGUUCGGUGACCAUCCUAAAAUCUGUAAUGUCCUCCGCCAUGAUGUGAAGGUGCUUCCAGGGACCUUCCCUAUCAAGCAGUCUCCCUACAGAGUCAACCCCCGGAAACGAGAACAGAUGCAGAAGGAGGUCCAGUACUUAUUAGAGCAGGGCUUGGCUAUACCCAGCAGCUCCCCAUGGGCAUCACCCUGCCUCCUAGUACCCAAGGAGGACGGACAACUGCGAUUCUGCACGGAUUACCGACGGGUCAACGCCGUCACCAUUCCUGACGCCUAUCCUCUGCCUCGGGUAGACGACCUGAUAGAUGAAAUCCAGAAUGUGCUCAGCCGUCUGCAGGAAGCGAACCUCACCGUGAAGCUGGCGAAGUCUACGUUCGGAGCUGCCACCGUCUCCUACCUAGGACAUCAGAUUGGACUCCGUCCGGCCCAAGACCGCUAACGUCGACGCAGUACUG